UGUUAUUUAAAUUUGGACUUUAAACUCGACUUCCCAGAACAUGAAAAAAACCGCUUUAAUAACUGGUGCCAAUGCGGGAAUUGGUCUCGCAUUAGCAGACCGCCUCCUCGCAGCCAACCCAACCAUGACCCUUUGCCUGGCAUGUCGCAACCCAGGCCGGGCACAGGCUUGCCGAAGUAAACUUGCUUUAGCCCACCCUGAGGCCAAAAUUGAAAUUAUCCUCGUUGAUGUUGGGGAGAUGAGCUCUGUCUUCAAGGCUGUGAAGGAGAUUAAAGAAAAAUAUAACUAUUUAGAUUAUCUCUACCUCAAUGCUGGGAUCAUGCCAGGCACCACAGUCAACUGGAGCAACCUCGUAAAGGGAACAUUCUCGAAGGAUUGCUUUCACAUGUACAGUACUGGACAUGGACUGCUCUCACAACAGGACAGCGACACUUCCGAUGGACUAAAAUCCAUCUUUGCUACCAAUCUGUUCGGUCACUUUGUUAUGCUCCUUAUUAGCGCAUGCAAAAAUGUCUGGAUGUACAUAAAACAACUUGAAGACCUCCUUAGUAGGGAUGGCAGGUCCGGUCAGAUUAUCUGGACCGGCUCCAGUAAUGCUAAGAAGGCCAGUUUUGAGGUUGAUAACAUACAAAAUGUAAAUGGAUUUGAGCCGUACAGUUCUUCCAAGUAUGCCUGUGAUCUUAUCUCCUACAAACUCAAUGAAAACCUCAACAAAAAGGCUAUCUAUUCUCAUGUUACAUGCCCUGGUCUGGUUAUGUCAAACUUGACCCAUGGUAUCAUGCCAGCAUGGUUUUGGAGCCUCAUCAUGCCCUUCCUCUGGAUUAUGCGCCUUUUCACAUCAACGAUGACCCUAAGUCCCUAUAAUGGAUCAGAAGCAUUGUUCUGGUUGUCCGAGCAGAAUCCUGCCAACCUUGACCCAUUGUGCAAAUACCACAGUAGUGUCUCUGUGCUUGGAAGCCCAUACACCAAGCCAAAGAAGAUGGAUCUUGACUUGGAAAACGCCGAACAAACUUAUAAGGAAAUGUGUGCUAUGGAAAGAGACUUUGCGAAGAAAUAUGCAUCCGUUUGAGGAACAAGUCAUUGAAGACAUUACGAUUCGAUGGUGACUUCGUGUAAGUCAGCAUCUUAGACUCUUGGCAUGGAACACUAAAAAGCACUGACGUUUUGUUAAUUCUGCUUGCUGAUUUAAAGCACCCUGCAUCAGUGGUCACACUGGGGCAGAUUAUUUGCUAUUUAUUUAUAAUCUUCAGUUGCUUUGCUUCUUUGCACAGGCUCUCGAUCAUUGAUUUUUUUUGAAAGAAGAAAAAAGGAUGGAAACGUAAGAAGACUGCAGUAUAGCAAACCUCUGAAAGGCACCCUUUUUCUGGGUGUCUUGAUCCGUGAUGUCAUUAAGCUUAAUAAACCAUUAUAAAGUCAUUAUAAUCAGAAUUUUAUAUCAACAAUCAUGUAAAAAUCAUUAAUAAGUACCUUGAAUAAAGUCAUGGAGUGUUUGUCAUCACUCCAUAUUCGAUCAC